AUGUUGCAGCCAACAUAUCCCUCGAAAGUGAUAGGCAUCACUAAUAGUGAAGACUAUUUGGCUUUCUCUGCAAUCAUGAGAUCUUUCUUUUCUUUCUUCGCAUUAUUCUGCGUUCUUUUGUCUGCUGAGACUAUUGCAGCUAGAAAAGCACCAGACACACAAUGGACAAAUGAAAAGGAGGAGCAGAGCAUGGUGGAAGCAGUUGAACCAACAGAACGUGAGUCUUUUGUCAAGGAUUUCGAUCCAAACCGUCCUCAAUUUCCUCUGGUGUAUUACUCAAAAAAAGAUGGCCAGUCUCAAGAGCAAGCAGAAAAUGAUAAAUCUUUUAUCAAGGAUUUCAACCCAAACCGUCCUCAAUUUCCCCUGGUAUAUUACUCAAAAAAAGAUGGUCAGUCUAAAGAGCAUGCAGAAAAUGAUAAAUCUUUUGUCAAGGAUUUCGACCCAAACCGUCCUCAAUUUCCCCUGGUGUAUUACUCGAAAAAAGAUGGUCAGUCUCAAGAGCAUGAAGAAAAUGAUAAAUCUUUUGUCAAGGAUUUCGACCCAAAUCGUCCUCAAUUCCCCCUAGUGUAUUACUCGAAAAAAGACGGCCAGUCUCAAGAGCAUGCAAAAAAUGAUAAAUCUUUUGUUAAGGAUUUCGAUCCAAACCGUCCUCAAUUCCCCCUAGUAUAUUACUCGAAAAAAGAUGGCGAGUCUCGAGAGCAUGCAGAAAAUGAUAAAUCUUUUGUCAAGGAUUUCGACCCAAACCGUCCUCAAUUUCCUUUGGUGUAUUACUCCAAAAAAGAUGGUCAGUCUCAAGAGCCCACAAAAACUGAUAAGGUUGUCAACAUAUAG